UGUUAAAUUAAAAUGGAUUUCGCCUUGAGAGAUUUGGGCUUCGAUGCUCCAAUGAUUGCCGCAAUUCACGACGCGUUCGAUUUUGGCGACGAAUCCGAGCAUACGCGCCACCACCGGGCGUACAUCCAGGAUUCGAAGGCGAUGAAGGCGACGGCGGCGGACGUGAUGGAGUACCCCAACGCCUACUAUUUCGUGGUGGACAUGCCGGGGCUGAAGAGGGACCAGAUCAAGGUCCACCUGGAGGACGGCAACGUGCUGGUGAUCUCCGGCGAGCGGAGGAGGGAGGAGAAAGAGAAGCAGCAGCAGCCGCAGCAGGCGGAAGGUGGGGUGAAGUUCUUGAGGAUGGAGAGGAGGUUGGGAAAGCUGCUCAAAAAGUUUGUGCUGCCGGAGAAUGCGAACACGGACGCGAUAUCGGCGGCGUUGGAGGACGGGGUGCUGACGGUGAGCGUGGAGAAGAGGCCGCCGCCGGAGCCGAAGAAGCCGAAAGUGAUCGAAGUCAGCAUUGGUCAACAUGGUGGAGAUGCCGCCGGCGGCGGCCGUAAUGGUAGUGAACGUGGCCAAAUCCGAGAUGGCAAGCACAAGUGAUGAAUCGUAAACUAACUAAAGUUUUUGAUGUAAUGUUGUUUCUAUAUAUUGUCACUUUGUCUAUGUUUGUAGCAAAUAAGUUUGUGUGUGAGGGUUGCAUUAUACAGUAUUGUAUUUUCAUGUUUUGUAUUGCUUGCAUUAUAAGGGGUAUAAUAAUGUAUGCAACGUGAGGUGUUUAUUAUUAUUGUCAUUUGUCAAUAUAUUCAAAGUUGACUUGAUCCUA